CUAAGGGGAUCAGAGAGAGAGCAUAUAAGGGGGGCCUUUGGACAUGUGGGUAAGAGAGAGAAAGAGGCAGCGAGCAUGGUAGCUAUCAUUUCUCUUCAGAGAACUUUGUUGAAAGCCUUGGGAUCGAAGGCAGGUAUGGUAAUCAUGGCAUAAGGGAAGUAUAAUCAUCUCCCUGUAAUUGCAGCUGAGAGUGCAAAAAGCAUAGCUCAGAGUGAGUGAGUGAGUGAGUGAGAGAGAGGCACAUAUUGAGAAAAGGAAGGAGAAGAAAAAAAAAAGAGAAAGGAAAAGAAUUGAGAGAUGUAUGGAAAGGAAGAUAUACAGAUGAUUUUGAAUCUUAUAUUGUGAAGCUGCAAAAAGUUUUGCUGAAAGAAAAAAGAAAAAAGGUUGGGGGGGAGAGAGAGAAGAGUUUGAAGAUGGGUUAUUCAAGCUCUCUAUCUUUCUUUCUUUUCAAGGUUACUUUAAGAAGAGAGUUGAAAGAGUAAAGAGGAAACUCAGAAAAGUGGCUAAAAGCAAGGUAGGAUGUGGGUAUCACCUGAACUGUUUCUUUGAAUAGAGUGAGAGAGAUUCCUGGAGCGGAGCUCACUUAAAAUUUUAAUUACGCAUCUUGGGAUUUUCAAGCCUUUAAAAAUAUCAUUAUGGAGUCUGCAAAUCGGCAUCACCAACAUCAGCUCCAAGACCAGCUGGUUGUGUCUUCUCCUUUAUUGGCUGCUAACCCAUCUUGUUAUGCACCUGCACCUUCCAACCAUGGUUGGACCCCUAACAUCAUUUUGAAUACCGGUAGCUUCAACCCAAAUUUUAAUGGGAUUCUCUUCAACCCAAGGGAUUCAAGGCAGAAAAAUGACAGUAUACUCCAUCCACUGAACAGUUCCGUGGUUCAAGACUUAGGCUUUCACUGGGCUAGUAAUGCAGGGAGUUUCACCAGUCAGUCAGCCCACGACCUGCAUCCAACGAUUAAGGAAGAGCUGUCAGAAUCUUUCCCCAAAUUCACUGAAAUGAUAAACAGUUCCUCAAGUGCUGUUGAAGAUCUCCAUUUACCUCCCACAAGCUACAUAAGAAGUAAAGACUUGAAUGAUCUGAGUGAGAAGCUUUUGCUCAAGUCCUUUUCUUCUGGUUGUCAAAUAAAUGGGCUUCAACUUUCAGCUGGAGAAUUUUGCGCCAAUGCUCAAAGCUGUAACACUGGUUUUGGAGGUGUAGCCAUACCUAGCAGAGGGCAUUUCAGCCAGAUUUUUCCUACCAUAAAUAUUUCAAACUUGAGUCAACCUUCUUCCACAAUUUCUAGCUCCUUGGACAUGAACUUGCAGGCUUUGGAUCUAUUAACUUCUGCAAGAUUUAGUGGGACUUUUAGCCAGCCCUCGCACAAUAAUCUUGGCCUAUUCAAAGAUAGUCUUUCUUUUGGUCUUGAUCACUUGCAGCAAUCAACUAACAGGCCAUCAAAUAGCUCUAGUAAAAUAUCACCCUUCACCAAUGGAGUUGCAGAAGUAAAGAGACCCAGCAGUUUUUUGGAGCCAAAAGCAACUCAAGCAACACCCAAGAAAUCGCGGUUGGAGUCACGCGCUUCAUGCCCGCCCAUUAAGGUUAGAAAAGAGAAAUUAGGAGAUAGAAUUGCAGCUCUCCAGCAGCUGGUGGCACCAUUUGGCAAGACUGACACGGCAUCUGUACUAAUGGAGGCUAUUGGAUAUAUCAAAUUCCUUCAAAACCAGGUCGAGACACUAAGCGUUCCUUACAUGAAGUCAUCACGCAACAAGAGCAGUAUAAGUAUGCAAGGGGUAAGAAAAGGUUCAGCGGACGGGGAGGGAAGCGAGGAGCCAAGGCGAGAUCUCCGAAGCCGAGGGCUGUGUCUAGUGCCCUUGUCAUGCAUGUCCUACGUAACCACUGAUUGCGGGGGUGGUGGCGUUUGGCCACCCCCAAGCUUCGGCGGAGGAACGUAAUCUGUAUUAUAAGCUAGUACAUUGAUAGGUAGGGCAGGGUGGGAAGACACUACUGCAGUGCUCUUACUCUUUUAAGCCCGCCACCCAUAUUGAUUAGGAGCCGUUAGCAUGUUCUAAUGGAGCAAUUUUGGUCAUCCUGCAAAAAAAUAGCACUCCAGGAUGGACCACCUUUGAUCCAUUAAAGAUCUAUGUAUGAUUUUCUUAUCUUACUGGACGCCAUCUUGAUUUACCCUCUUCCUCUCUUCUUCUGUUAAUUAAUUGCAAUGUUGUAUCA